UCUCCCCCAUAGAGCUCAGCAUGAGCGCUUCCGAGCAAAAGGAUGUGUGAGCAGGCAGCGCGCUACUGUAGGGACGGAGUCCACAAACUGCUGAACAAAGAACAAGCGAAACUUCGAGCCCAAGAAAGCCGCGAACACACCAAGCCCGUAGCCGGUGAGGACAGCGAGUCCGAAACGGCAGCGCAGUCAGGAAACAGCGGCGCCCAGCCCGGUGGAAUUGACGGGCUCGUCCGCUGGAUCGUCACCAAAAUGAGCGACAACAAAAACAUCUCCAGCCGGGAGUACGCCACCAGCAAGGAGGAGGUGGCAGUGGCUCAAGAGCAGUUCUUCGCCCCUGAACCGCGGAGAGGUAUCUCCGUCAUUUUGGAUAUCUUCAGAAGAGCUGACAAAGACGAUGAUGGUAAACUCUCUCUAGACGAGUUCCAGGCGUUCUUCUCCGAUGGCACGUUGAACGAGGAAGAGCUGGAGAAGUUGUUUCAUACCAUCGACUCAGAUAACACCAGGAUACUAAAAAUUUCAGACUACUUUGCCAAGCACAUGGGGGACUACGAGGGAGUUCUGGCCUCAUUGGAAACACUCAACCUUUCCAUUCUCAAAGCCAUGGACUUCACAAAAAAGGUUUAUGAGAGAGGAACAAAUGUGGAACAAUUUGUGACUCGUUUCCUACUGAAGGAAUCAGCCAAUCAGAUCCAGUCUCUUUUGAAUUCUGUGGAGAGUGCUGUGGACGCCAUUGAUGAACAACACAGCCAGUCAGGUCACAUUCCAGCAAAGACAAGUCCCCGGAUGUCGGAGAGCCGUCAUGACAACGUUGUUCCUGAUUAUCCCCCGAACAACAGAAUCAGUGCCAGGGAGGCUGUCAGGACCAUCAACACCGCCUCAGGUGCGGUAGAGGUCAGGAAAGAGAGUCUCGAGGCUCAAAUCAAUCGUCUAUCUGAACUCAUUGGACGACUGGAGAAUAAAGCAGUCUGGUUUGAUCUGCACCAGAGGCUAACGGACACAGAUGUCACCACAAGUGCAUCAUUAUUGCUGAUCCGUCAGGAGAUGGUGGUUUCCCAGAAGAAGCUCGGUGACUAUUGUGAGGCUUUGAAGCAAUACCUUAAGAACGUCUCCACUCAGAGAGACUGCUUUCAUGUAACGGCAGUUCGUCUGCCAGAUGGUUUAUCCUUUGUCGUCUAUGAGUUCUGGGAUGGUGAGGAGGAGUGGAAGAGGCACCUUCAGUCAAGCCCCAAUAAAGCCUUUCAGCAUGUGAAAGUGGACACGCUGUGCCAGCCGGAGGCCAUUUCCUCUGUCGCCGUGCCAGACGGAGAAUCAGCGUGAAAAUCUGAUUUAGCCAUGUGGCCAUUUGGAGGCAAGGCACGUUGGAUGGCUGAGGGUCGACGCGUCAUGAAACCUGAUGUACUGUACGACAAGGCAGAAAUGCUCAAGUCAAUGCAGCCCUGGAAUGUACUUCUUCCUUUCCAAUGUGCUCGCUCCAAUUGGUUCUAAUGGUAAAUGAACUGCCAAUGCCGUUUCCUGUUGAUACAAUUCUGGCAUGUCGUUCACUGUGCAAUCUGUUUUUGUUUUUCUCGACUUUCGAUCUCCUGAGUACAAUUUGUGCUUUAUCAUGAAGCGAAUUUGUUCUGCCUUUGAAAUGUCAUGAAACAGGCCUUGACUGAAUGUGUGCUGGCUCACUAGGACUGACGGUCACAUACCGCACGAGAUGGAGACUUGGCCUCCUGAAGGCAACAGCCUUUCGUGCUGAGAGCCGAUGUCACUGGAUUUACCUCACGAUUCUUAGUACACAACUCCAGGGUCCAAAUCAGGAAUUCGGCCAAUUUCCUAAUAUCAAGGCUACAAUUAAUUCCUUCUGUGAUUGUGUUAUUUUAUAUUCUUCAACUGAAUGCAUGUCACCUGAAUGUCUAGUAAAUUCUUUGCUGUAAUAUUAGGUCAUACUACUUCUUUUUGAGUUUGGUGCAUUUCUUAAAUUCUUUUCCUCCUUUUUCUAGUAGUCCUCAGAAGGAGAUAGAGACUAAAAUAUAUUGUAUACAGUAGAUAUGUUUGACUAGAAAAGUGGAAUACAAGGAUGACUAUUGCAUUUUAUGACAUUAACUAUUAAUUCUUAAAUGUUUCUGUAAAACAGGUCUUGUAGACAUUAAAGGGAUGCAAGUAUUUGUCAAAAUUUUAGAAAAUGUAGAGCAAUGCAAAUUCAAUAAAGGGAUGAUACAAAAUAGUGCCUUGAUAUGUGAUGUUUAUACUUUUGAUAUGCAAAUGUUGUAAUUAUACUUGAUAUUAAGCAUAUCAGAUGAAAAUAUAUAUUUAAAUGAUUGCACAGUGGGUUUAGAUUCAAGAACGUCUGUACAAAUUUCUGUUGGAACCUCUGAGUGUGGCGUAUGUACGCUGUCACCAUGGUUGUUUUGUUUUGCAGGUUUUCUUGUUACUUCUCACAUCCCCUCAGAAAAACAAAACUAAAAUAUGCUUCGUAGGUCAACAGAUGACUCAUAAUUGACCAUUAGUGUGAUUUUUUUUUUUUUUUGGUCGAAAGGGACAAGCCGAAAGAAACUUACUUUUACUGUAUGUGCCUUCCAAUUUGAUUGACAAGGCACUAUGAGGUUUACCCAACUCCUUCCGAAACUCACCUUUGAAAGGUCUCAGUUGCCUGCAAACCUCAUGAGGACAAGUAAUAUGGAUAAUGGGUGGAAAGAAAAUGUUUCAAUUCAGACGAGGACCCACCAUUUGCUUUUCAGAUGAAUUUGCCUACAUGAACAGCAAUAAAGAUGACUAUAGACGUUAUUAUAAUUACUUUAAGUCCGCAAGGAUUUGGACAGUGACAUCUUUUCCAUUAAAUAAAGGCAACAAUAGAUUUGGGAGCAGGGUGUCAAAAUUUUGUCAUAUUGUAGAGUUUAAAUGGUUGGAAUAUGUUGAUUCUGUGAGGCAUUCACAAGCAUUCUUGUCACUCAGCUCAGCACCUUGAGCUCUCUUCAUCAAGGACAUUGUGAAUUCCCCUUCACAAUGUGGCUAAUAGCCAGUUUUUGAAUGUCCUUAUGAAUAUGUCUUAAGUUAGACUUAGUCAUAACAUUUUGAACAAUGACUGCAUAAAAAAGACACAUGGAUUUUUUUACUGAAUGUCUGACAUGAAAUUAGACUCAACUUUUCCUGUUUUAGGUCAAUUAGGAUUACUACAUUUAUUUUUAUUUGCUAAAUACCAGAAGAAUUUUUUUUUUAAAAGACAAACCCAUAUACGUCAUG